UGGCCACAGCCCACGGCCUGGAGCUGGUGCUGCUCAAGCCACGGAGGUUCAUGAACCUCAAUGGGCUCAGCGUUGCCAGUGCUGCUGAGAUCUACAGCCUUGGCCCCGGAGACAUUUACCUGGUUCACGAUGACCUGGACAAGGCCCUGGGCAAGGUGGCCAUCAAGCUGGGAGGCAGCGCAAGGGGACACAAUGGGGUCCAAUCCUGCAUCAGUGCUCUGCAGUCCAACGUGAGUGGGUGUCAGGAGAUGACCCGGCUCAGGAUUGGCAUCGGGCGGCCAGAGGGUGACGUGACAGUGCCCAACUAUGUCCUGUCUCCGUUCAGUGCUGGGGAGAGAGAGAAGCUGGAGCAGAUCCUGGCCCAGGCAGUGACCUGCCUGCUGGAGCACAUCCAGAGCCGAGCACCUGCAGAGCCAGGGGACAGGGGCUGACACAAACCCCCAGGACCCUUUGGCUGAUGGACAGGGUGCUGCAGGCACUCCGGACUGACCAGGGAGCUGGAGCAGAGCUGGCCCAGCCUGGCUGGGAGCUGGGGCAGCCUCCUUCCAUGCCCACACCAAUCCAGGCAGCUCGUGUCCCACUUGAAUCCCUGCAGAGGCUCCGUGCCUCAGUUUGGCACAGAAAUUAAAUAAACCCUCACCCUGAC